AUGGGUUACAAGUGGGGUCUGGUAGAAAAAAAUAUCAGUGGAGACGGGUCACACACUACUCUCAUUUUGUUUCUUGCUCUUUUUCUCUCUUUCUCCCUUUCUCUUACACACAUUUCACACCACUCUCUCCUGUUUUCGCCCUUUUUCUCUCCCACUUACUUACACAUUUACACUGCUCUUUCAUUCUCUGUCUCUCUCCCUCAUUCACACACUCUCUCUCUCACUAUCUAUCUCAUGAAUACACUUAUACACUAUGCUAUUGUGCUCUUUCUCUCUCCUUCUCACGCACUCUAUUUUCAUUCUCUUUCUUACUCUUUUUAUUUUCUAUCCCUUUCUCUCUCUCAAACACAAUAUUCUCUCAAUCCUGUUCUUACUCUUUUUCUCUUUCUCUCUCUCCCUCUCUCUCUCUCUCGCACACACACACACACACACACACACAUAUACACAAUUCCCUUAUGCUCUUUCUCAAUUCUUUCAUCUCUUCUUUGUCUUUGUUCGUCCUCACGUUUCAGCCCCUCAUUUUACUUACUUUCUUUCUUUCUUAUUGUUUCUGCUUGUGAUCUUAAACUUUUCUGUCUUUUUUCUGUACCCACUCUCUCUAUCUUCCUCUCUAUCGUUCCGGUAUCUAGCCUGUCUCUAUGGAGAGUCCAGCAAAAACCAACUCGCGUAACAGGACUCCACUUGCCUUUAUAA